ACGCUUUAUCGCUGGUUGUUGUUGUUUUGUUUCUGUGUUGUUUGUUUGAUUGUCGUGCUGUGUAUUUGGAAUUUACUUUCAUCGCUGCUCUGUCUAUAUUCAUCCAAUGUCUUGUUGUUAACAUCUAUCUCUAGGUCCGAGUGCUCCAUCAGACAAAACAAUGUCAUAUAGAAUCGAGCUCGCGUCGUCCGCCCGCGCGGCGUGUCGCUCGGCGUGGUGCAAGACCACCGGCGAAAAGAUCCAAAAGGGUGAACUUCGUCUCGGCGUUUUCGUCACCGUCGGCGAGCAUCAGGCGUAUCAAUGGCGACACUGGAAUUGCGUGACGCCGCAGGUUAUGGAGAAUAUUAAAAAGUCGCUGGACAAUUUACCUGAUGAUCUUGACGGGUACUCUGAGCUUGAUGCCGAUAAGCAGCAGGAAGUCGCGAAAGCGCUUGAAGACGGACAUAUCAGCGACGAUGUGUAUAAAGGUGAUGUUUCGCUCAACAGGCUUGGUGCCAAGAAACCGAGGGCAUCGAAGACGAAGAAGGAGGGCAAGGCAGAGAAGCAGGAGACCGCGAAGGAGGAGGCCGCAGAUGAGGAGACUGGAAAGGAGAAAUCUGAAAAGCCGGUUGCGGCUGCUACUGUUGCUGGUAGUAAACGGUCGGCAGAGGCUUUGGCGGAUGAAGCCAAACCCGAAGCCGAUGAACCAACGAUCGUGAAACGCGGCCGCGGUCGUCCGAAGAAAGAGGAAGGCUCAACGACGGCCAAGACCGAGAAGGCAAACAAGCCCAGUGCCCCCAAAGAAAGCAAGCCACCAUUGCCCGACGGCGUCAAGCGUGGCCGCGGCCGGCCUCGGAAGAACCCAGAGGUGGUAAGCCCACCAAAAGACCCCGGUGCGCCGAAACGGGGACGUGGCAGACCGAGGAAGGAAGACUCUGAUCCGACGAAGGUGACGAAACCGAAACCGCCUGCGCCCGCGAAUGGCGAGAAGAGGUCUCGGGGACGGCCUAGGAAGGUGCAGGAGGAGUAGUUCUUGUUUGAUGUGUAAGUGUGGGGGUGCUACGAUAUGGUGGAGGGUGCUUUAUGUCUGAAAUGUGUAGAUUAGAUGUUUGUCUUAUUGUUUUGAUGCUCUUGUUUUGUCUUUGCGUGCGUUCAAUGUCUCAGUAU